AGCGUAAAUCGGGUACAAACCGAGGCUAUAAAAGACCGCCGUUCCGGUUUGCCCGGUUCAGUGAGUUAAGAUCGUUCGAAGGAGCUCCAUUGCCAGCUUCGUUCAAACGGCUAUUGGAAAUACAUUAGUAGAGAUUGACGCAAGAAGUUUUUGUCGCGCAAUUCGAUAAACGUCUCUCAAUAUGCGUGAGUGCAUAUCCGUCCACGUAGGACAGGCCGGAGUACAAAUCGGGAAUGCUUGCUGGGAAUUGUAUUGCUUGGAACAUGGCAUUCAACCUGACGGACAAAUGCCCUCAGAUAAGAUCCUGGGUGGCAGUGACGACAGUUUCAAUACCUUCUUUAGCGAAACCGGUGCUGGAAAGCAUGUACCUCGAGCUGUUUUCGUCGAUCUCGAACCAACUGUCGUGGAUGAGGUACGCACAGGCACGUAUCGACAACUAUUUCAUCCGGAGCAAUUGAUCACCGGCAAAGAGGAUGCUGCUAACAAUUAUGCGCGUGGCCACUACACGAUUGGCAAAGAAAUAGUAGACCUUGUUCUGGAUCGCGUUCGCAAGCUGGCGGAUCAAUGCACGGGACUACAAGGCUUUCUGAUCUUCCAUUCGUUCGGCGGUGGCACUGGCUCCGGUUUCACGUCCCUGUUGAUGGAACGACUAUCGGUCGAUUAUGGUAAAAAAUCGAAGCUGGAGUUCGCGAUUUAUCCGGCGCCUCAGGUCUCGACAGCCGUCGUCGAACCGUACAAUUCAAUCCUCACGACGCAUACCACCCUCGAGCACUCCGACUGUGCGUUUAUGGUAGACAACGAGGCCAUAUACGACAUUUGCAGACGUAAUUUGGACAUUGAACGACCGACCUACACCAAUUUAAAUCGAUUGAUCGGUCAGAUUGUAUCCUCGAUCACGGCUUCGUUACGCUUCGACGGCGCACUCAAUGUCGAUCUGACGGAAUUUCAAACAAAUCUGGUGCCCUAUCCCAGGAUUCAUUUUCCUCUAGUCACCUACGCCCCCGUAAUCUCCGCGGAAAAAGCCUAUCACGAACAACUCUCCGUCGCCGAGAUAACAAACGCAUGUUUUGAGCCAGCAAAUCAGAUGGUUAAAUGCGACCCGCGUCACGGAAAAUACAUGGCUUGCUGCAUGUUAUACAGAGGCGAUGUAGUACCGAAGGAUGUUAAUGCGGCGAUUGCGACCAUCAAGACCAAGCGCAGUAUACAAUUCGUCGAUUGGUGCCCCACUGGAUUCAAGGUCGGCAUCAAUUACCAGCCACCGACUGUCGUUCCUGGCGGGGAUCUUGCCAAGGUCCAGCGUGCUGUAUGCAUGCUCUCCAAUACGACGGCGAUCGCCGAGGCUUGGGCGCGGCUCGAUCACAAAUUCGAUCUCAUGUACGCAAAGAGAGCCUUCGUACACUGGUACGUUGGUGAGGGGAUGGAAGAGGGCGAGUUCUCGGAAGCGCGAGAGGAUCUCGCCGCCUUGGAGAAGGACUACGAGGAAGUCGGUAUGGACUCCAUCGAUGGCGAGGGAGAUGCUGCGGAUGAAUAUUAAAGAUUAGCGAUUCCUACUCUUCUGUAUACUCUUGUAUUUCAAAUAUCUGUACCAUGCGCUCUUGCCUGUUAUCAGUUAUUUUCUUAUCGCUUUUUUCCGCCUAAUCUUGCAACGGAACACAAAACAAAUUACUAUGGUAACUUUAUUUUCUGAUUCGAUCUUUUACGUAUCUUGCGAUAUAUAUAACAUCUUCAAUAAGGAGAUCGUAUUCGCUUUGUUAUAAUAUCACUCGAUUGCUUGAAGAAACAGCGCUAUUAAGAGAUGUAUAUAUAAGCACACAUCUAAAAAUACUUUCUCGUAUAUUUUGUAAUAUGAUUUAUAUAUUAUAUCAACCAUUACAAUAUAAUAGAUUGCAUUAAUAUAUACGUCUUCGAUCGUACAGUUAUUAUCAAUCAUUAUAUGAUACGCGAAUACUAUAAGGAUAGGAAGAGAAGAAUGAGAAAAAAGUGGAAAAUGAGCGAAUUUUUUCAUAGAUGUCUAGUCAGCGUAUAAAAUCAUACGAUCUCGCAAUGAAUCGUUAUCCGAAGAAGAAAACGUGACAUGAAUUCAAUUGAAUCACGAACUCGCAAUUUGUUGUAGAUGUAAUGAUAGCGAUGAUAAUUGAGUUGACCUUAAUAAUAUAAUACUCUAUUAAUAGUAA